GAUGAUGAUGAUGAUGAUGAUGAUGAUGAUGAUGAUGAUGAUGAUGAUGAUGAUGAUGAUGAUGAUGAUGAUGAUGAUGAUGAUGAUGAUGAUGAUGAUGAUGAUGAUGAUGAUGAUGAUGAUGAUGAUGAUGAUGAUGAUGAUGAUGAUGAUGAUGAUGAUGAUGAUGAUGAUGAUGAUGAUGAUGAUGAUGAUGAUGAUGAUGAUGAUGAUGAUGAUGAUGAUGAUGAUGAUGAUGAUGAUGAUGAUGAUGAUGAUGAUGAUGAUGAUGAUGAUGAUGAUGAUGAUGAUGAUGAUGAUGAUGAUGAUGAUGAUGAUGAUGAUGAUGAUGAUGAUGAUGAUGAUGAUGAUGAUGAUGAUGAUGAUGAUGAUGAUGAUGAUGAUGAUGAUGAUGAUGAUGAUGAUGAUGAUGAUGAUGAUGAUGAUGAUGAUGAUGAUGAUGAUGAUGAU